UGUUAAUUCCGGCGGCUUUGCUCGCAGCAGCACAGCAGAGCGCGUGCGCACGCUGCGCCAUAACCGCUGGAGACGAGGAACCGGCAGGAUGGGGGCGGUCUUGAUGACUGGACUGGACAGGGGCGAACCCACAUCUACGUAGUCUUUCCCUCUCGCUCUGUCUCUCUUCUCAACGUCCAACAUGUCUGCUCCUACUACUGCUGCUGCUACCGCCUCCGCCGCUAUGCGUCACCUCCGCGUGGCCGUGCUCGACGACUACCUGGGUCUGGCCUCUAAGCACUUUGCCCACUUUUCCACGCCGUCUGCUUCCACAGUGGCCAGGGCGAGGGCCGAUGUGACCAUCUUUGACGACACGCUGCACUCUGUGGAUGCGCUUGCCGCGCGUCUGCGCCCCUUUGAAGUCGUCUGCACCAUGCGCGAACGCACGCCCUUUCCUGCGGCCCUGCUCGAGCGGCUGCCCAACUUGCGCCUGCUACUCUGCACGGGCACCCAGCACUCGCAAUUCGACAUCGAGGCUGCAUCUGCGCGCGACAUCAUUGUGGCCACCGCCACGGGCCGCGGUGUCAGCCCCAAAACGGGCACAGCUUCGUCGUCGGCGUCGUCGUCGACGUCCCCUGGACGAGACAUUCGAAAGGGACGCAGCCACCCGACGACGCAGCACACAUGGGCGCUGCUCCUCUCGCUCGUCCAGAAUAUUGCCCAGGACGACGCGAAUCUAAAGAGGUCUCCACCGUCGCAGCAGCACAGCGCGGCGUGGCAGACGACGACGACGACGCGCCUCGAGGGAAAGACGCUGGGGAUCUGCGGUCUCGGUCGGCUGGGUGCAGCGACGGCGCGACUCGCCGUCAUUGGCUUUGGCAUGAAGGUUCUUUGCUGGAGCACGAACCUGACGCAGGAACGGGCCGACGACGCGGCGUCGAGCGUCAACUUGCCCGCAUACAACAAAGCCAGUGGCCAGCCGACAUUCGAGGUGGCCGCGAGCAAGCGCGAUUUCUUUGCGCGCGCCGACAUUGUCAGCGUGCACUACGUCCUGAGCCCACGCUCGCGCGGCCUCAUUGGUCAAGAGGAGCUCGGCUGGAUGAAGCCUACGUCCUUUCUUGUCAAUACGUCGAGGGGCCCCCUGGUGGACGAAGCUGCCCUCGUCGACGUGCUGAAGCGUGGCACCAUCGCCGGCGCGGCCCUCGAUGUCUUUGACGUCGAACCGCUUCCUGGCGACAGUCCCUUUCGCAAGAGUGCCGCCGAGGGCUGGAAGAGUCGGCUCGUCAUCACGCCGCACAUGGGCUACGUCGAGGAUGACAUCAUGAACACCUGGUACCAGGAGACCGCGGCCAACGUCGACAACUACCUCGCAGGCAACGAGGUCGCCGACCGUCUCAAUUAGCAAUUCUCUGCUCCGGCAACACACACACACACACACCCCACCAGGGCUUGCUCCUGCUGUACAUACUUACGAAGUGAUACAAUUACGAGAAAGAUUGCU